ACCACGGUGUCGCGAGAAACGCCGCCGUCGGACCCAUCAACCACGGCGUGCCCGCCCCAUCCAACGGACUCCCUAGAGGAGGACGACGAUUAUUACACUGCACCUCCACCGCACUCCCCAGCAUCAGUGUCAAGUUCCUCCACCGCAUAUCCUCCGCCAUUUUCGUCUCUUAUCUUUUCGUUACCGCAAGACACCAAUCGCCCAUACAAAGUUACUGAACCUGGACCCGCUUGUCCUCCAGCCUUAGCGCCUCCAGCCUUAGCGCCUCCAGCACCUGUCGAGGAGUCGCUCGAGCCGGCCCCAUCUUCGGCAGUUGUUGCUGAUACAAAAGCGUCUUUCACCGAACCAAAAAACGAGGGCUCUUCCGACGACGGUGAACCACCACCACCAUAUACAGAAGGCUAUAGUCCACUUGAGUCAUUCACCUACGUGAUGGCUGCUGCAGGAGGUGCCUCCAGUAUCAUAACCCAGGUCCAGCAGACCGGGGGUCCGCCAAUCAACACUCUUGGUGAUAUCGGCGGAGAUGAACAUGUUGGUCUCGACCUUCGUGGUACGCGCUUUACCCUUUCGCGGGAUGAGCUGUUGACUUUGCCUGAAUUUGUUCUGCUCUCCCUCUUCCCCAAUGGCCUCCUCCCGGAUGGACAUGCUGCAAAUGGUUUCCACGAUGGGGAUGUAUUCCCGGUUGACUAUGACCCAGUCUCACUUCAGUACAUGCUGGAUUUCUUCCGAACUGUCGCACAAACCAUCCCCGCAUCUCUGCCUUCCAGCUCAAACUCACCAGAAAUGGAAAUGCAGGACCCACUGCAGGGCUCAGCCCGUGACAUGCUGCAAGACCGUGCUGGUAUCAUUGUUCUUCGAGAGGACCUUGACUUUUAUGUGAUCCCUCCCUACGCCGACAUUGGACACGAUGAAAUGCUUGAAGUCAAGCGGGCGGCCGGCAGAUCACUGUUGAAACAGGACGGCAUCUUUUCUGGACUGCGCAAGAGCGAGGAGAUUGGAUCAACCGAGCAGCAUCUUAUUGAAAUGCUGACAGCUGGAGGAUUUGAUCGUUCUGACCAGUGGGGUCACCGUGCUCCAGAGCCUAACAAGGCAGUAAUCUGCAGUCUUGCGCUGGCUAAACUCCGCACCGACAUCCGCGGAGACUUGUCAAACAACAAUUCUGUGGGCAUGGCCCAGAAGCUUCUCCUCUUUUGGCGCAAGCCUGCCCGCCGCUGCUGGUGGGAGGGUAUCGAGCUGGACGACGUCGAGGGCGUCGAGGGACAAGUAAAGGUCUGGAUCCGGCGUGUGUGGACUUUGGAGAUGAGUGUUAUUGGGCUUCGCUAA